AUGGUAGCUGUGAAGCUGGGGUGGACACACCAUGCUUCGAAAAUUAUAAUACCAGCGCUUCUAGUAGCGGGAACCUUGGCUACUCCGGAAUCUAAUCAACGCCCUGGCGAUGCGGUGGCGACAGGGAAUACAUGCCCCGCCAAAAGCGUUUGGGAAGCUGAGGCAGAGCUCUUUCAGGGUCCUGUAUGCUUAGAGACUCGCUGGGGACGGGGCCGAGAGUUAUUGCAAUCCGACUCAGCAGCGUCCGGUAUCGUAGGAAAUGAUACUACCGCUCCUGAUUCUGCUACAACACCCGAGGAGUCUACAGCGGCUGCAGUGGCACCGAAUACAGAGCAGGAGCAUGAUGCAGACUCCUUGCUUGAUAGCGCGAGCUUCCUUUCGUUCGAAGAUUGGAAGAAACAAAAUCUGGCUAAGGUUGGUCAGUCGGCUGAUAAUGUGGGAGGGAACCGACGAUCCGUUGGAGCUGGGAAGGACACUCAACGCCAGCCGGGAAUCAAUAAUGUGCUGGACUCAUUGGGAGACGACGGAGAAAUUGAAUUAGACUUUGGUGGGUUCGGUGAGACGCCGGAGGCGAGUCCAACAGCCUGGGGGACACCAAUUCCAUCGCAACAUGCGGAUAAUUCAGAGCGAGGAUGCCCAGGACAGGGCACAACACAAACGGACAUAUCGCGCCGAAAGGAUGCGGGCGUAACGUGCAAAGAGCGAUUCAAUUAUGCGUCCUUUGAUUGUGCGGCUACGGUGCUCAAGACGAAUUCCGAGUCGAAGGGCUCGUCGGCCGUCCUUGUCGAGAAUAAGGAUAGUUACAUGUUGAAUGAAUGCCGCGCCCAGAAUAAAUUCCUGAUUCUUGAGUUGUGCGAUGAUAUUUUGGUGGAUACGGUGGUGUUGGCGAACUACGAGUUCUUCAGUUCGAUCUUCCACACUUUCCGGGUCAGUGUUUCGGAUCGAUAUCCUGCGAAACCAGAUCAGUGGAAAGAGCUAGGAGUUUACGAGGCACGAAAUACUCGCGAAGUGCAGGCAUUUGCGGUACAAAAUUCGUUGAUCUGGGCUAGAUACCUUCGCAUCGAGUUCUUGACUCAUUAUGGUCAUGAGUUCUUCUGUCCCGUCAGUUUGAUCCGCAUUCAUGGCACAACGAUGAUGGAAGAGUAUAAGCAUGAUGAAAGUCACGGCCAUGCCGAAGCUGAAGCUGAGGCCGAGGCCGAGCAGCCGAUCCAGGAAAGCCAGCAUGUUGAUGCACCGGAAGCUGAACAAGUUCAGCCUCAAGUGGAAGAGCAGCCUCGUGAGCCGAAUAAGGCGGAGAGAUGCCCUAACCCUUUUACGGAGAUCGAGGCAGUCCUGCUGGGCCUUUCUGUUGAAAGAUGCGGUCCCGAUGAGAAGCCGCCUGUGCAACCAGCCCAAGAAGGCACAACUUCCACGGGACGGACGGCCACUCCGUCUAAUAUGAACACUACCGCCAUUCCAGGGGACAAUGCACCUGCGACAAAUUCAGGCUCUGUCCCGCCCAAGGCUGCCGAGGAUGCCAGGAAGGCGAGCGACUCUCCUAAAGUGGUAACAUCGACACCCGAUGCUCCAGUCGCAGCCGCAGAGCCGGCGCAGCAGGAUGCUACCGUCGAAAGCACAGGAAAAUCAACUCCGAACUCCAAGGAGGACCAGCAAAACCCGCCUGCUGAAUCCACCAGACCUUCCUCAACACAACCGCCCUCUUCAAACCCGACCACGCAAGAAUCCUUUUUCAAGUCUGUCCACAAGCGACUGCAAAUGCUUGAGUCUAACUCUACCUUGUCACUACUCUAUAUCGAGGAACAAUCUCGGAUUCUUCGUGAUGCUUUCAAUAAGGUCGAAAAACGUCAACUAUCAAAGACCUCCAAUUUCCUCGAGAACUUGAAUGUCACUGUCCUGAGCGAGCUGAAGGAAUUUCGUGAACAAUACGACCACGUUUGGAAGUCGGUCGCUUUUGAAUUCGAACACCAGCGCCUUCGUUACCACCAAGAAGUCCAUUCGCUCAGUGCCCAAAUGGGUGUUCUAGCCGACGAGCUUGUCUUUCAGAAACGAGUCACCGUGAUUCAGAGCAUAAUGGUUUUGUGCUGUUUCGCCCUGGUUCUGUUUUCACGCGGCUCGGUGAGUAAUUACAUGGAGUUCCCGCGUGUUCAGCGGAUGGUCGCCCGUUCGUAUAGUUUGCGGUCCUCCUCCCCCAUCUAUGCAUCCCCAUCCGCCAGCCCUGGAUCUACGCGGCCGACUUCCUCGUACCGAGAGAAUGGUGGCCACCAGCGGAACAUUUCAGAUACAUCAUCCUCCCAGGAUAGCCCCGCUAGCCCGAAUGUUGCCUAUAUACCGCCGACACCGACCUCUGACGUGGAUCGGGAGUUGGGGGACGACAAGGCUGAUUGCGAUCAACCCCAAUCUCCCGACUCGAUGACAUUACCUACACUCGGAAGCCCACAUUACCGGUCGCAUAGUACGCCACCUGUAUUGAACGGUCAUACGACGGAUCUUGACCUGAAUGGGGCAGAAGAUGACGGGAUAUUAUCGUCCGAGGUCCAGGCCUCGACACCCUCAGACGAAGACCCGCCACGAACGUCAUAA